GGAGAAAAAUAAAAUAAUUGUCUAUUCGCCAUCAAAAUGGCGUCAUCGAAGGAAACCUAUUGUUUGUGUGGUCAACCCUAUAAUAUUGGACAAUUUAUGAUAGAAUGUGACUGCUGUCGCGAGUGGUUUCAUGGAAGCUGUGUUGAUGUAAAAAUUUACCAUUCUGACGAUAUCGACAAGUACCAUUGUCCAAAAUGUGCGCAGACAUAUGGUCCGUCUGUUUUGAAAAUCCCCACAAACAACCACCGGGCGGACAGAUACGAAAUAGGGGCAGAAACUCGGCCUUCUCAAGCUGGUACUCCGGCUUGGGUUCGUGCACUAGCCGCUCGCCCUCUUCGGCCGACACCAGCUUCGUUACAGAGAAUGCGACCACAGCAUUUUACAGAAGAAUUUGUGAGGGAUAAUGGCUUUACUCGCCCAGUGAUUUUCAACACUAUUGAAGGCCUGGAUAUGAAAGUACCUAAUGCGGCAACAUUUACAGUAAGAUCUGUACUAAGAUACUGUGGAGCUCAGUUAGAGGUGGAAGUUAUAGAUGUACGUAAACAGUCAACGUUGAGGAUGCCACUUGCUGAUUUUAUUGAUUACUUCGAAACACCCCCAGAACACAGAGACGAGAAAGUGCUAAAUGUUCUCAGUUUAGAGUUUACAGACACUAACAUGUGUCCGCUGGUGGAGCCGCCGGGCACGCUGCGGGCGCUGGACUGGGCGCGGCUGGGCGGCUCUCCCCCCGCGCGGCCCGCCGUGCAGCGCUACUGCCUCAUGUCGGCCGCCGCUGCUUACACAGACUUCCACGUGGACUUCGGCGGCACCACCGUCUGGUACCACGUGCUACACGGCCGAAAGAUAUUCUACUUGAUCCCCCCGACGUCAACUAACCUCGCGCUGUACCAGCAGUGGAGUGCGGCCAACAAUCAGAGCGAGAAAUUCUUUGGUGAUAUGGUGGAGUGGUACGGCACGGCGGAGGUGAGUGCCGGCGAGACGCUGUUCAUUCCCACAGGAUGGAUCCACGCCGUCUACACGCCAUGCGACUCGCUCGUCUUCGGGGGGAACCUGCUGCACUCCUAUGCCAUUGAAAUGCAGCUACAGAUCUACGAGAUCGAGAGUCGCGUGGAGACGCCGCUGGUGCUGCGCUACCCGCUGUUCGAGGCGCUGCACUGGCACGCCGCGGCCCAGCUGCUGGCCCAGCUGCGCCGGCACAACGAGGAGACGCAGGACGAAGACUUCACUAUAAACGAGAACUGUGUUACCACGCCGCCGGCGGAUCUACCGCCGCUGCUAUUAAGAGGCAUCAAGAUCUUGGCGAAUGCGCUUAAAGAGUGGCACGCUCUAAAAAGUACAGACGCGUCGAAACGCGAUAAUGUGCCGAAGUGCCUCAACUCGGGGCAGUUGGUACGUGAACUGUGUAAAGAAUUACGUACAUUGGAAAAACGUAGCAGUAGUAAUAAAGAUAAGGACAUUAAAGUAAAAAAUACCUCACCAACAAAAUCUCAAAGUAAGAAACGGAAUGAGGCAGCACCAAAAAAGUCACUCAAACUCACCCUGCCCAAGCCGAUAAUGCACAUGACACCGAACGGAGAAUAUCCAGAAGACAAAGUAUAUGCAGACAAAUAUUACAUAGAUAACAAGGAAGUGCUUUAUCCUGACAGAUAUAUCCAAGAUGUCAAAUUUGUUAAUAGUGAUGCGAAAUAUGUUAACAACGACGUUAAAUACAUAAGUGACAGUAAGUUUGUGAAUAGUGAUGUUAAAUUUGUAAACAGUGAGAUUAAAUAUGUAAAUGGUGUACCGGAUACGAAGUAUGUGUUGGAAAGUAAAGAGAUUUUACCAGAAAAGUAUGCAUAUCAAACUUAUGAUGAGGUUACGUAUCAAGACGGGAACGGAUAUGUGGAUAGACAAGACAAGAAAUCAGCUUUAAAGAUUAAAUUGAACAACUCCCCUUCAUCAUCUCGAGAAGAGCCUCCACCUUACAGUCUGCCCGAACACUCCAUCUUAAAAUCGCAUCUCAUCAGAACAGACCGUCUCAAAUCUGUGCAGCAGUGGACAAUAUCUAAGAAGGACAUCGGGGACUACCACGAGGAACAGAUACUGUUUACGAAUGAGAAUCUUCAAGCUAAUAUGCGGAUAGAUGGACAGGAUAUGAAUUAUGGUGCAGGCAUGUACUCAGCGCAGGACAUACAGGAGUAUCAGUACGAGGAGGCCGGCAAGGGCUACCAGCAGCUGUACGCGCCGGAGCUCGCCUACGACUACGCGCCGCCCGCGCCCCCCGCCGCGCUCGCCCCCGCGCCGCCCGCGCACACCAGUCCGCCGCAGGCGCCGAGCUACAGCGGCGGGACGUUCGCGCACACGCAGCUGCCCUCGUACGACGCCGCCGUCGCCCACCAGUACCAGACUAACUACCCGGCGCCGGCGCCCGCGGCGCGCGGCGUGCGGCGCUCGGAGCGGCCGGCGCGGCGCCGCGUGUCCAGCACGUACGAGUACGAGGACGCCGAGCUGGACGCGGACGCGGACGCGGACGAGCCGCCGCCCGCGCGCCGCCGCCCGCGCGCGCGCCCGCAGCGCGCCGCCGCGUCCAACGGUAACUCCGCCGCUUACCGUCAAGCAGCUCGCGCUCCGGCCAACGGCAUCGAAUCGCUCAUUCAGGCGUCCGAGCUGGCGGAGGAGGAGCAGCCCGACAACGAAACGGAAGACGCAGCGGUGGCCGGCAUGCUCAGUAUUAGCGAACAGCGGUACGAAGCUCCCGUCAGGACGUUUGGUCUCGCGAUAGAGACGCCUCCAAAACCUACAGACACUUCUAGAGUUGAAAGUAGCGAAUGUAGCGGCAGCGGUACCGGAGCGGGUACAGGUGUCGGCACAGGUACUGGUAGCGGCAGUGGUACCGGCAGCACGAGUCGUGCUCGCGCGCGCAAGGCGGACGCCGACGACGACUACGACGAGGAAGAUGUGAUCAAGGAGGUGCAUCGAGACGAAGAGUAUGUGUAUCCAUCAUUAGAGAUGAGCUCGGACGAGGACGAGGAGUGGACGUCGCGGAAGCGCACCUCGCGCAGUCGGACGGACAGCAAGAGCAAGACCGACAAGGACGAAUCGUGGUCGCCUCGUGCUCGGCUCGGCCGGGUCGUGCCGCGACUGCGAGGACCUGCACGCUCCUCCGUGCGGCGAGAGUGUGUGCGCGCCGCACUGCACGCCGCCGCACACCGCGCGCACCACGCGCACCACGCGCCGCACCCGCCGGAAAGACACCCGCAGAGCGCAAAGCGAGCGGUACUGGCCACCAAAAGCAAGCGACCACCGCCACCCGCGCAUCCCGUCUCCUCCAAUAAAAAUAUAAGACUGAAAAAGGGAAUGAAGACGGCGAAACAGCGCCUAGGGAAAAUCCUCAAAAUACACAAAAUGAUAUAUUAAUUUAGUUUUUAAUAUUAGUUAAUUGUAUGUAGCGACGGACAUUAAGAUGUAUAUUUUAUAUAUGUAUUUAGAUAACGGACCAAUAUGUGUUGUAGAAUCCCAUAUGACGUAAUACAUGUCCCCAAUAUAAUGAAAUAAAUUAUGAAAUUGAUCGAAAAUAAUCAAUAUUUUCAUUGUUCUAAUGUGAACAGUAUAGCUGAUACAUGAAUAGAAUUUGUACAAAGGGGAUGGGGGUAAAUAAACAAUAUGUUAUGGCAAUUUUACGUGAAGGUUCCCUGAACGCUUGAAGCAAACCUACGUCGAUGUAUCACUUCCGUAGUUCCGGUUGACACUUCAUUUUAAUUCAUUUUGUUUCACGUAUAUUUUGUUUCAAUGAUUACGUGAUUGAGACAAAAUAUGCGUGAAACGUUCCAAAAAGUCUACCUCUAUAUUUGAAAAGUUGAGACCUAUAUAUAAUGCAUUGAACCAAACGUUAGCGUGAUUCAGAAACUUGUUCUUCCAUACAAAAUUUUGGUAUAUCAAUUUAUAUAUAUUUUUUACGACUUAACAUUAUUGGGUUGAAAUGUUUGUGACGCUCUGUUCUUGUUACGCUUAUAUUACGUGCUUAGUAGGCACGCGAUUUUCACAAAUAAAAUUAUAAAAUAUAACCCAUUUUUAACAAAACGUAAAAGCGUUAUUAAUAAGCUUUGUACAAAUUCUAUUUAUUUUAUAUUGCUACUUGAUGAUAAUAAAAUACAAAUUGGGUUAUUAUUUCUUAUCGAAGCAUAUUUGAUAUUUUUUUUCUCUCGGACACAUUGUCGGGCGAAGGGAUUUGUCCCGUGAAACUCCGUGCUCCGGCGAACUUAUCAACUUAGAAUAUUUUUUAUUCUUAUUCAAGAAUCGUAUGAUUUUUCUUGUCUUACUGUCGAUUUCGUUUGUAGAAUAGAUCAAAAUGUACUAAAAGUCAUAUGUAGGAAUCGAUUUAUCACGUCAUUAAAACUGAAUAUAACCUCUUGUAUUGAAUCCUUUGAGCGAAAAUAAAUUGUUUCGACAAUUAGGAAGAUGUAAAUUAAAAAAGAAUUUUUUGUACUAAAAUAAUCUUUUAAUGAUUAUAAUAACAUGUGUGAAAAAAUUAUGAUUAUAUCAUGUAAACUUUUUUGUCCGAGUUUUGACUGUGACGUCACUUCGCCCAUUCAUUAUGGCGGGCGACUCUUGCGAUACGCGCUUUAAUAAUUUCUUAUUUAUUUUAUCCCUCUUUGUGAUUUGACGCCCCAAAUACGUUCUCCCACUUAUAAUAACGUUAGAACGAUUAUUAUUAUAUUAUAUUAUGCUAAAAUAAGAGCAGUAUUUUCACGUAGACUAACAAGUAAUCUACCGAAAAGCGGUCUUAUGAUUGCGGAUUCCUUCACAAAUCAUGCGAAAUAUAUUAGUGAGCUUAUUAUUAUUAUUUUAAUCUUUUGUUAAUGCAGUUUGAUCAUAAGUGUGAUUUGCAAUGAGUCCGUACGUACUCUUCGUGUAGAGAUACUAGUGCUUUACGCAUUCGUUAGAAGAUAAUGUCGAUAUAGAAUAUGAUAUACAUUUCCUAUAUUUUAAUUUUACAUACACAAUUCGGGGCGCGGUAGUUAUGAUACAGAGCCACGGCAUAUUAUCAUAAAUUUGCUUGUGAUGAAAGUGCAAAUAAAAUUAAUAAUCUGAAUGUGAAGGAUGCAAAUAUACUAUGCCAUUGAUCACAUAGCUAUGUGAGGAGCCUACUUGUAAUGAAAUAAACUGUUACUGAAAGAAACAUUUUUUUAUGUAAAAGGGGGACAAACAAGCAGGAGGCUCACCUGAUGAAAGUGAUUACCUCUGUCCAAGGACGCUUGCAACACCGAAGUACUUGCAGGUGCGUUGCUAGCCUUUAACGAAUGAGUAGGCUCUUUUCUUGAAGGUUUCUAUGUCAUUACGGUUCGAAAAAGUGGCAGGGAAAUAUGGUUCCGCAAAGUGGCUGUGCGAGUCAGGAAAUGCUUUAAAAAUAGCGUUGUAGUAUUGGAUUUUCAGACAUCGAGAUGGUAUGGAUGGAAUUUAGAAUUUAGACGCGAUGCCCGGUGGUGAAAUUCAGCUCCUGGGAUUAAUCUAAACAGUUCCUCAGAGUAUAAAAGAUGCGAUAGAAGAUGCAAAGUGUCAUCUCUCCCGCCGAGAGAUGAGAGCAGUACUCCAUGUGGGGCUGAAUUUACGUCUUGUAGAAUUUGAGGCGAGGAGCUGACGUGAAGUACUGUCUUACCUUGUUGAGCAAUCAAAGCUUCUAGAGGCUAAUUUGGCUUCACCUUCCAAUAGACCGCGGAACUUAACGUCCCGAUACUGGAUUUGGCAGCGAGGUGGUAUUCUCAAAAUGAUAUGACAAAAGAUGACAUUUUACAAGUGAUAGCGCAAACUUGUAUCUAUUGGGGUUGAGUUAUACCAAAUUUGGUUGGCCCAAAUCUCAGACUUGGUUAAUAAGCACUUGUGAUUUCAGACACAAGUUUAUACUAAUCGACGUGUUCCCGACAAAUAUUAUCGCGGCCGGUGUAUAAGGCGUCUACAGUCAGGUACUGUCGUCUGCCAACAUUAAAUAUUGCUAAAUUGCACAUGUCAUUAAUAUGCAGAAGAAGCAAAGUAGGUUAUAACACAAAGCCUUGUGGAAUUGACGAAUUUUAAGUAAGAGCAUGCACCGUCGACAAUGACCUUGAUGGUCCGAUCUGGCAAAAUUGGUGAUCCAGUUGUAUUAUUUCCUGGGAAGCCCAAUUUUGUUGUAGUUGAGGUGGCCUCUUAGACUCAACUGUUUCAGCCCAUAGGUAAGGUAAAUUAGAUGAUCACCGGUCGUAGCUUUACAUUUAAUUCAAUACUGUAACGUAGUGAUUCAAAAGUGCCCUUAUAAGCCUAUUUGAAUAAAUAAUUAUUUGAUUUCAUUUUUAUGAUACGUACUAUAUUAGACUACAUAUUUGACUUUCAACGAAAUAUAAUAUGGGAAAAAUCAAUUUCCAUGGGUCAUUAAGGAUUUUUUCAACGUAUACCACGUACGUAUAUUAUAUAUCGGCGAUACGGCGUUGUUCACAAAUUAUCUUCAAGAUUAACAAUAAACUUAAGAUUAACGUUGAAAUGCAUUUUUCAUCGAUACAAACUCUUAUGAAAACACUCGAUAGUGUUUUCAUUGAAUACCGAUUGAAUACCGAUGGUAUUCAACGUAUCGAGGCCGCAUUACGAACAUUCUGAAUUGUGUUUAUAUUAAACGAAUAUAACUAGCCUGUAAAAAUUAAUUGUUUGAUUCUCAAACUAAAAAGUUAUAAAUACGACAAAUUAUACUACUAAGGUACUUACAUUAAAAUGCUCAUCACGAAAAUAUCUACUUGUUUUUAUCGAUACUAUAUUUAUGGACAAAGUAUUUUUCCCAACUUCUAUUUGUUGAAUUAGUAUGCUAUGUUACUGUAUAAGAAAUGUAUGAAAGUUUUUUUUUUAUACUAACCGAAAUAUAAAUAAAAUCAAGAAUAAGGCGAAAAUACAGGCGAAAUUGUAUGGGCGAACGAGCGACGUUGGGCGAUGUGACGUCACGCGUCGAUCGGUAGCCCCAGAAAAUAGUUUAAGAACUCAAUAUUUUAAAAAAUUGUUAAAAAUCAUUUUUGCCAGUAUUUUUUAUAUUUUAAAUAUGAUUUUUUGAGAUCAUAAAAAAAAUAAGCUCAUCUUCCUAAUUGUCGAAUGCAUUUCGUCUACCCCCUUGAGAAGGUAAGACCACGCGAGCCUUCGCCGGAUCCGAUAAUGUGACGAGGUUAUUUAAUAGCUCUACAAAUUUAUAAUAUAUAAUUCUAUAUAAGUUGAAUGUUGGACAGAGAAAUAAAUAUGUUUUCCACCCAUCUCUCUCGCACCUUAAAUUUUUUGAAACAAAAUAUAUUGGUUGUAAUUAAUUGAUAUGUUAAAUGUAGAUCUGAUUUGUAUGUAUGAUAAAUUAAUUGUAUGUCUAUUGGUGCAUUUAACAUGACAGGCGUGUUUUUUUAUCUGUGAAUGUUUAGCCUGUCUAUGUGUGUUUGUAAUGAAAUUUCUAUACUCACACAAAUAAAUAUAAAAUUAACUUACUUAGCAGUAUAAGUAUGUAGUAUAGAAGUAGAAAAAAAUGCAUAGAUAUAUUUAUACAAUAGACUUCGCUUCGUAGUUCGAUUGUCAUUAAUUAUCUACUACUUAUUUAUUCCCCACUUUUCUCAUCCUCUAAUACAUACCCCCCAUUUGUUAAAAGGGGCUGCCCAACCCAACUGAAAAAAAAACUUUUACAUAAGUAAAAGGCAGAUCAAAAUCUUUGGUAAUUUUGGUAAUAAUACCAAAUGCAACAGACGGAAAUAUGGGACGAUAGUUUGUUUUAUAUAUAUAUAUAUAUUUCGCCUGUCAUGUUAGAAUGUCUUUAUUUGUGUGUGUCAAUCCGAUUCUAAAGUUAUUAUAUUAUUCAUAGUUAUAAUGGUGUCUCUUUUUAACAUUAACGAUUAAAUAAAGACAGCAUUGUACUAAAUUCUGUUAAUUUAAAUUAUAGAAAUUAUAUUUACCCCCUUUUUAAGUCGCACAGGUGUGACGCAGCUUUACGUUGGGUGUCUCUCGUGAUGAUUCUGUUUUACACAAUUUCCAAACACCAAAAUGCAAAAUAGAGAUGACAAUAUUUGUUGUCCUAUCAAAUAAUUUAAGUCUGGACAUUGUGUACGAUAGAAACGAUAUAUAUAUGUAUACCAAUAUGACUUUUCAAUUUAUCGCAUAGUGUGUCCAAUGCCUAAUAAUUUUGGAAUCGAAUUAUCUACUUAAACUUAUUUUGAUGUUUAAAACGUCAAAAAAAAAAGACAAAAAAUAUGUAUUGUUUUUUUUUCCCAAGCUCGCCACCGAAUAUAAAUUUUUAUUAAAAGUUAAAUAGAAAAAGAAUAGUUUUUUAUAUCGCAUUGGUAUUUACGUUGUUACUUUAAGUGAUAAUAGUUAUUAAGAAUUAUUUUCUAAAUGUUAUUAUUUUGUUAAUUUAAGCUUAAUCCGGAAUGGGUGCAAAUUUUGCUUAUAUUAGACAUUUAAAAUAAACCGUAACAUGUUAUAUCCAAAGACGCAGGUGGUCCUUCUGAAGUCAUCAUGGCUAGUGGAGUGUGUAGAAAUAUUACAAAAAAAAAAUUAUUCCAAUAUUUCAUAUCUAUCUUGUCAAAUUUAAUCGUUAUAUCAAAAAUAUUUCGACUAAUAAUAAUAAUAAUAAUAAUAAAAUCAUUUAUUUCGACCAAACAGGGAUCAUAAAUACAAAACAAUAAAUAGUUAAAAGACAAAAAUUACAAUAAUAAUAUUUUACAGGUUUUACAUAUUAUAAAUUAGAUUAAAUUAAUUCGAAUUAAAUUAUAAUACCAAAAUAAAACUAAAAUUAAUGGUAGUAUUUAAUUAAUUGUUAUUGAAUGAAUUUGGCAUUUCUCUCUCACUCUCUCUCUCUCUCUCUCUCUCUCUCUCUCUCUCUCUCCCCCCCCCCCCCUCCCUCUUGGACCUAAUUUCUUUUGAUUUAUAAUUUAUCCGUUGCAUCUACGCCUGUUAUGUGCUAGUCAAUCAUUGGAAAUUUUUGUUGGUAAUGAUUUGUUAAUAUUUUUGAUAUUUAUAAAAUUUAUUAUGUACUUUUUUUUUUUUUUUAUAGAAUAGGAAG